AUGUUGAAACGGUUCUUUAUCUUCCCAGCUUUCUUUGAUUGCUUGUUUUCAUUCUACUUGGCGCCGUCGAACUACUACCCGGGUCGAUACUUUUCAUCGGCUCCAUCCUCUUCAUUUCCCAUCUCUCUCCCAUCUCCAUUCUAUCACUCAUUCUCUCCAUCAUUACCCAGAAACUACUACUCACCCAACACGAUAAUCAGCCAAGCCGACUAUCUAAAACUUUAUAAUCCCCAAUUUCUAUAUGAUUCUUAUGAUCGCGGGUAUUUGUUUCAAACGAUUUCUCAGCCAUUGGUUGGUCGAUCCUUCAAACAAUACCAAGUUUUCGAUUACACUACCCCGCAAAGUGUCGAGAUUUUCCCGAAAUUCAUCAGUGAGAUGAAAAUGGCUUCAACAACGAAAAUAAAUGAAAUUUCAACAACCACUGAAUCACAAAAGCCAACAAAAUCUACGGGAAAACCCGGGAAACUCAAAGCGAAUCUCGAAACAACGAAAAAGAUAACGAAGCAACCUCGAGUGAAAACGACAACGAAAAAACCAUUGUUGCCAAGAAUAGUCCCGAAAUUCCCGUUGAUCAUCCCGACACAAAACAUUUUACGCGUCUCUUCGAAUCGACCGAUUUGUAUUCAUUGCGGGAAA